AUUUUCUCCCAAACCAGAGGGAAGCGAUCGCGAUAGAGAGCGGGAGAGAGGAGAGAGAGUGAGAAGCCCUAAUCCCACAAAGUCUGCGCAGGGAGCGGGAGAAGUGGUGGUGGUGCUAGAGAAGAUCGUCGAGAAUGGAAGUCUCAGUAGCGCGUGAAGCUCGUCUUAUAGAGGAUUCGUUCGUCGACCUCCCUGACACCGACUCCCCUUCCAAAUUUGCUGUUGCCAUGGCGAAGCCUUCUUCCAAGGAAAACGACGCCGCCGGAGAUGACGAAGAUGAUGACAAUUACGUUGAAUACGUCCCCGUCAAGAAGCGCCGGAUGCUCGAGGCCCAGAUGAUCCUCCGCCGCAAGGGCGGCAGGUCGGCGUCCGAGGCCGUUGCCGACGACCCCGACCAAUCGAAGCCCGCCGAGUCGAAGCCCAGCCUCCUCGUCAAAGCCUCCCAGCUCAAGAAGACGUUGCCGGAGAUUAGCCCCACCGAGCAACUCGUCCAGCAGGAGAAGGAGAUGAUCGAGAAGCUGUCCGAUCGGAAGACCCUCAUGUCAGUGCGCGAGAUUGCAAAGGGGAUUCAGUACACGGAGCCGAUGAAGACCGGGUGGAAGGCGCCUCUUGCUAUCCGCCGGAUGUCGGAGAAGGAGCAGGAUGCGAUCCGGAAGCAGUGGCACAUACUGGUGGAGGGUGAAGAUAUCCCCCCGCCGGUGAAGAACUUCAAGGAUAUGCGUCUUCCGGACCCGAUUCUGAAGAAGCUUAAGGCCAAAGGGAUCGUGCAGCCGACGCCGAUUCAAGUACAGGGCCUCCCCGUGAUACUGUCGGGGCGGGACAUGAUUGGGAUUGCUUUCACGGGGUCGGGAAAGACUCUGGUGUUUGUCAUCCCGCUGAUCAUGGCGGCAUUGCAGGAGGAGGUGAUGAUGCCCAUUGUGGCAGGAGAAGGACCUUUUGGAUUGAUAGUAUGCCCAUCGAGGGAGUUGGCAAGGCAGACGUAUGAGGUCGUCGAGGAGUUCCUCGUCCCGCUCAGGGAGAGUGGGUACCCGGAUUUGCGGCCGCUGCUGUGUAUUGGAGGGGUUGAUAUGCGCUCUCAGUUGGAGGUCGUUAAGAGAGGGGUCCACAUCGUAGUGGCGACUCCAGGGAGGUUGAAGGAUAUGUUGGCUAAGAAGAAGAUGAAUCUUGACAAUUGCAGGUACUUGACAUUGGAUGAGGCAGAUAGGUUGGUGGAUUUAGGCUUUGAGGAUGACAUUCGGGAAGUUUUUGACCAUUUUAAAGCACAGCGCCAGACACUUCUCUUCUCUGCUACUAUGCCCAAAAAGAUCCAGAAUUUUGCAAGAAGUGCUCUUGUAAAACCUGUGAUUGUGAAUGUAGGAAGAGCUGGUGCUGCUAAUUUAGAUGUUAUACAAGAAGUCGAGUAUGUCAAGCAGGAAGCGAAGAUUGUAUACCUCCUUGAGUGCCUGCAGAAGACGCCCCCUCCUGUCCUGAUAUUUUGUGAGAACAAGGCUGAUGUGGAUGACAUUCACGAAUAUCUUCUCUUGAAAGGAGUUGAAGCUGUGGCCAUCCAUGGUGGGAAAGAUCAAGUAGAGAGAGAAGAUGCUAUCUCUUCCUUUAAAUCUGGAAAGAAGGAUGUUUUGGUGGCAACUGAUGUUGCGUCAAAAGGUCUGGACUUUCCUGAUAUUCAGCAUGUCAUCAACUAUGACAUGCCUGCAGAGAUUGAGAACUAUGUGCAUAGGAUUGGACGUACUGGAAGGUGUGGGAAAACUGGUAUAGCAACGACUUUUAUAAAUAAAAACCAAAGUGAGACCACGCUCCUUGAUUUGAAGCACCUAUUGCAAGAAGCAAAACAGAGGAUUCCUCCAGUGCUGGCUGAACUGAACGAUCCAAUGGAGGAUGUGGAUGCCAUUGUCAAUGCAAGUGGAGUAAAAGGUUGUGCAUAUUGUGGUGGACUUGGUCAUCGUAUCCGUGAUUGCCCCAAGCUGGAGCACCAGAAGAGCAUGGCAGUUGCUGGAUCAAGAAGGGACUAUUUUGGCUCUAGGGGUUAUGGUGGGGAAAUAUGAUUUUCAGCCAACAUCGUUUGCCUUCCUCUUAUGGUGUCUGCAGCCUGUAGGACCGGGGCAAAGCUCUCUGCCGUUGAUCACAGAAUGGUCAUGGCUUGACCAUCACAAAAGAUCAGACUGGUUCCCCAUGUGCUGCUUCUGGUAGUGUGACAAUUAUGAGGAGUCUGGUACUGGAUAAUGUUUUAAGAUAUUGCAAUGAAUCAGAAGCACUCGACUAUUGACACGUUCCAAAUGUUCUGUCUUGAACAUGGCAAUUCGGUGGUAGUAACAUCAACAAUUGCAGUCGUGAUGAUCUUAAAAUGCCCAUGCAUUCUCUGUGUGUUCUGAGCGAGGCAAGAUAAAUCGUUGCUGGGUAUUUCACCCGCGUCCUGAUGGCUACUUGUGUCUUCUUAGAUGGGUAGUUCAGCAUCUGUGAUGUCUUUCACGUUUCUGUUCUUCCCAAACCUGAUGAAUCAUGAAGUGAUGAUGAACCUGAAUCCCCAAAAGGGUCUCCUUGAUGAUGUAUGAUAAACAAUGCUAAGUGAUAGUCAUGGAAUAUGAGGAAUCGAUUAUUUUGUAAA